CCGGGGGAAGCGCGGCCGGCGGCGGUCGCGCGGCAACGGCCGCGUCCCGGGCUGCGCCAUGGAGGAGGCGCCGCCGGGCCGCCGCGUCUUCCUCAACCACCUCGACUCCUACUGCGGCCGCAGCAUCGGCGAGUAUUUAUCCACCUGUGUUGUUGGGGCGACGCUUGAAAGCCCAGAAGAAGAAGAGGAGGGCGAUGAAAAUGACUCAGCUGUUGGUGUUCUCACGACCGCAGGGGAAAUCUACGAAGUCGUGGGUACUCUUUCUACACCGGAGAGUGCCAGUCCACCCUUUGCAAAGGAAACGUAUGCAGUCUCUCCUCGAGAAGCACUCUUAAGUCACUUGCUUGAGUGUGACAUUGUUUUGUAUAAUAUCACUGAGGAUGCAAACCAAAUCGAGGAAGCAACAUGGGCUGCUUCUGCCCUACAUAACGAAAUAGAGACUUUUGCAAAACAAAAGUUAUUCAUCCUCAUUUCAACAAUAAUGACCUGGGCAAAUACCAAACCCAUUGACCCUGAAGAUCCCGAGGCUCCUUUUAAUGAAGACGAUUUUCGCAAAAGAAGGUCUCAUCCUGGCUUUCUGGAUCACAUAAAUGCUGAAAAACACAUUGCAAAACUUGGGAAAACUAACAAAAAAAAGUUUUCAACUUAUGUUGUUGCCUCAGGACAUCAAUAUGGAGCUGAGGAAGGACUCUUUCACUACUUUUUUAAGAUGUGUUGGCUUGGUGAGACUCCUUCAAUACCUGUUUUUGGGGAUGGCAAGAAUAUUAUUCCAACCAUUCAUAUUCGUGAUUUGGCAAUAGUGUUGCAAAAUGUAGCAGAACACAGGCCAAACUUUCAGUAUGUACUUGCAGUAGAUGCAUCUAUGCACACGCUUGGAGAAUUAGUAAAGUGUAUCAGUAAAAAUAUUGGACCAGGAAAAACUGAGAAGGUUCCUAAAGAAAAUGCAUUCCUGAGCAAAGAGCUGACACAAAUGCAGUUGGAUAUGUUGUUUGUGAACCUGCGAAUGGAGCCUAUUUAUCUGAGAGAGAAUUUCAACAUUAACUGGUUUGCUGAGACAGGACUGAUAGAGAACAUUGCUCAAGUCAUCAUGGAAUACAAGAAAGCUCGAGGAUUACUGCCUCUGAAAGUUUGCAUUCAUGGUCCUCCCGGGUCUGGCAAAUCUACCAUUGCUAAGGAGCUCUGCAAACACUACAAGCUACAUUAUGUCAGGACAAAUGAUGCGAUUUCUGAAAAAAUUGCACAUCUGGAGCAAAUUUUGGCUAAAGAAUCUGACAGGGUGGAAAGAGAAGUAGAAGGAGAAGGAGAAGAUCUUGUAGAGGAGGAGGAGGAGGAAGAGGGGGAAAAUGUAGAAGAAGCAAAGGAACUAUUAAAUGCAAUAAAAGAAAACAUGCAGCAGAAUAAAGGCCAUCUAGGUGAUGAGUAUCUUCUUAUUAAAAUUCUGAAGGACAAGCUCAUGUCUAUGCCCUGUAGAAAUCAGGGAUAUGUUUUAGAUGGGUUCCCAGAGACCUAUGAGCAGGCAAUGGAUCUUUUUAAAGUAGAAGAUGAUGAAGCAGAAGAAGAGGAGGACGAAGCAAAGGGCAAAAUGCCUAGAUUUAAUCAAAUAAUUAUACCUGAAUUUAUUUUUUCUUUGAUGGCAUCUGAUGAAUUCCUUAUAAACAGAAUAAUAAAACUGCCAGAGAGUGAAGUUGCUGGAACUGAUUAUGCUGAGAACCAGUUCCUGCACAUUCUGAAACACUUCCGCAAGAUAAAUGCCGAUGAUGUGACGGUUCUCAACUAUUUUGAUGAACUUGAAAUACAUCCUCAGUUUAUUGAUAUAGCUGUAUAUGAAGAUUCUGAAAACAGACUUACUGUAUCAAAGAUCAUCAAGGAAAUUGGAGAACCUCGGAAUUAUGGUUUGACAGAUGAAGAAAAGGAGGCUUUGGAACGCCAGGCAGCUGAGGAACGCCUUGCCAAAGAAACUCAAGAAAAAGCUGAAGAAAAGCGUAAAGAAGAUAAGGAAAGGGAAGAAAGAAAGGCGAGAUGGGAAGAGUGGAAUAAACAGCAAGAGGAAGUGAAAAAACAGGAACAAGAGUUAUUGGAGGCCCAGUCUGUUCCACUACGAAACUAUUUAAUGAAGAAUGUCAUGCCAACACUUAUGCAAGGGAUAAAUGAAUGUUGUAGGAUCAGGCCAGAUGAUCCAGUCAAUUUUCUGGCAGAAUAUCUCUUCAAGAACAGUCCUGAUAUUGACUGGAAUAAACGUUAAAUCCUAGCAGCAACAGGAAUUGUGAAACAAAAAGGGAGAAAAUUCCUAAUACAUUUUAGAUAAAAAUA